AUGGCUCCGGCGUUGGACAUACGUCCCUCAACGUCGAAGAACCGGGCACCGCCGCGGAAUGACAGCUGCCCCGCCUUGGGGUCCCUUCCGACGGAUGCAAUUGCCCAUAUGCGGAGCGAUCGGGGCUUGGCCCGGCGCCCGCAUCGUAUGUGGUCCCAGGUCGAAAUCGAGAAGCUGCAGCUUCUAGACCAGAACACACGCGACAUGCUGGGGCAGGCCUCCAAGGACUUCCAUCUGCCGACCUUGGAGAGCGACCCGCUCCCGCCUGCGCGGAAAUCGUUGGCGGGCUCCAAGAUUCUCUCACCAGACCUGCUUGAUGAUAUGUCCGCCCUCCGUGCCAUCAACAAGGGGAAGCGGUCCACUGCCAUGCUGGACGUGGCUGGCUACAGCAACAACGACUUCGACGACUUAGGGGAGGAGCUCCCGCUGGACGAAACCAUAGCACGGCUGAAGGACAUCCAGCUGUCAUCGAUGGAUCCCAGGCUGAUGCUUGCCAUUUCAGGCAUCGUUGGCGAGCUUCAGGCAGGCGUUUGCCAGGUCCGCUUCCAUGAGGAUGGUUCUUUCGAGCGAUUUGUGACACUGCAUGCGCUGCGCGUCUGGCGGCCGGUAGACAAUCAUGUCCUCAUCCAGGUAGGGAGAUGGAGACCGCGGCACAGCUUUAUGCCGUUCUGUGUCUAUCCUGGAUCCAAGCGGCCCUCUGCGAAAGAUUUCGUCACCUUCAUCGACUUCCUUAUGAGAGAGUUGAAGCCACUGCUGGGUGGCCACUUCUUGGAGAAGUCAGGCAGUUCCUCAGAGGUUUUCAGGGACAACUCGCGGCAGUUUGGAGAAAUUCCCACGACGUAUCGCCGCAUGUUACAGCACGUGAAGCUGAAGCCGCGCACCCCGGGAAGAAAAAGCUUGAAGCUGGAUCCUUCCGUUCGUGAGGUUCCGCCGUCUGGGGGACUUUGCAUGGUGCGGAACAUUCCGCUGACCUCCAAUGCGAUGAUCAUCCUCCGCAGCUCCAGCGAGGCCGAGGUCUAUGCUUGGAUCCCAGCUGCUCUGGCAGACCAAAUGGAAGGCAGUGCGGACUCGAAGGAUGUCAAGUCAGCUUUGAAGCAAUGGGCUAUGCGCUUUGACGACGAGGUGACCUCUUUCUGUGUUUCAGCGACCACCGCUGCAGAGGAACCUAAUGCGGGGCCACUUCCUGUGCCGACACGGAAGAGAACCAUGACCGGAGGAAGCUUCAGUCGCUAA